UAUAAAUACUUUCUUAUAAUUGUUUAGAUGCAUUAGGAUUUGCAAGAUGGAGACAUAAUAGGCAGAAAAGACAAUUUAGCUCCACCCAAGAUGAUAGAAGCAUUGGUGUAAGUGAACAGGUUGUGAUCAUGGCAGUAGACAGGUGGCCAAUGAAAGCAGAGUUGGAGGCAGGAUGUCCAGUGUAUUGAGAAAGAGUGCAUGCCAGGGUGGGUGGGUUUUCAUGUUUAUCACUUGGUGUUCAUGACUGGAUUUCCUCUUCUUGAACAUAUACAUUUAUCUUCAGAAGAUAUACAUUCAUAAAGCAUUUGACAUCAACCUUGCGUAGAAAAUAGUAGAGUCAGGUUAUGGAGUUGAGGAGCAGGAGAGGAAUGUCUUUUCAACCUGAAAUGUCUUUAAUCAUUUUAGGAUGAGAAGCAGUGUUCUCUCUCUUUUGCUCUCUGGAUUUCACAAAGAGCAAGGGUUUAGAACUAAAUGUUGAUGAAUUACUCUAAUGCUACUGAAUUUUAUCUCCUUGGCUUCCCUGGGUCUGAAGAAUCACAUCAUAUCCUUUUUGCUAUAUUCUUCUUUUUCUACUUGGUGACAUUAAUGGGAAACAUGGUCAUCAUCGUGAUUGUCUGUGUGGAUAAACGUCUGCAGUCCCCCAUGUAUUUCUUCCUUGGCCACCUCUCUGUCCUGGAGAUUCUGGUCACAACCAUUAUCAUCCCUGUGAUGCUUUGGGGAUUGCUGCUGCCUGGAAUGCAGGCAAUAUCUUUGUCUGCCUGUGUUGUCCAACUCUUCCUGUACCUUGCUGUGGGGACAACGGAGUUUGCAUUACUUGGAGCAAUGGCUGUGGACCACUAUGUGGCUGUGUGUAACCCUUUGAGGUACAACAUCAUUGUGAACAGAUGCACCUACAACAUUGUGGUUCUUCUGUCAUGGAUUUUUGGGUUCCUUUUUCAAAUCUGGCCAGUCUAUGCCACGUUUCAGCUUACUUACUACAAAUCAAAUGUGGUGAACAAUUUUUUCUGUGACUGAGGGCAAUUGUUCAAAUUAUCCUGCAAUAAUACUCUUUUCACAGAGUUUAUCCACUUCUUAAUGGCUGUUUUCGUUCUUUUUGGUUCUUUGAUCCCUACAAUUGUCUCCUACACCUACAUCAUCUCCACCAUCCUCAAAUCCUCUGGCCGGAGGAAAGCCUUCUCCACCUGUGCCUCCCACUUCACCUGUGUUGUGAUUGGCUACAGCAGCUGCUUGUUUCUUGUGAAACCCAAGCAAACACAGGCAGCUGAUUACAAUCGGGUCGUUUCCCUGAUGGUUUCAGUAGUAACUCCUUUCCUCAAUCCUUUUAUCUUCGCCCUCCGGAAUGAUAAAGCCAUAGAGAUCCUUCGUGAUAGGGUGAAACACUGCUGUCAACUAUUCAGGAAUUAGCCCUGC